GGUAUUCACAAUAAGGACAUCGCACACAUAUUUGACAAUCAAUUGCUGUGUGAUCACGUCCAAAGCAUAUCUCAGCACCUUUCACGAGAUGUUCUACUCAAACUAUCCUUCCUUACGUGGUACUUUGAUGCACGUGGCUUGGUCUCUACAGAGCUUCGCUACUUUCUUGCCAAGCCUCUGGACAACUUCGACCUGGUUUUCGAAAAUAUUUGGCAGAGUCUGGUCAAUCGCUCAGAAUACCACAAGACAAAGCUGGAGUUUUUUCAGGAAAUGAUAACCCUUUUGAAAGAGCUC